AUCGUGUCUGUGGAGCACAUACUUUGUGUCGUGCAUGUGGAUUUUUCUUGGCGUGAAGUGCAGACGUUCCCAGCAUUCGGAGUGAAACUUGCCACCUUUGGAAGGUCGCCGUGAGAGGAAAGGGUCUGAAGGAGGAUAGCGAUGGCGAACCCACAGGUCUUCUUCGAUAUCUCCCUUGGAGGGCAACCUGCUGGUCGAAUCGUCAUGGAGCUUUACAAGGAUGUCGUUCUAAAGACUGCCGAAAAUUUCCGGAGGACGAAGGAGGAGGGAGGAGGAGGAAGGAGGAAGGAGGAAGGAGGAAGCAGGAAGCAGGAGGAGGAAGGGGGAAGGAGGAAACAGGAGGGAGGAGGGAAGGGGAAGACGAGGAAGACGGAGGUCGAUGUCAAGGAAGAGAACAAGAAAAAUAGAGGAGAGGGGAGGAAGGAGGAUGAAAGAGGAGGGAGGGGGAAGGGGAGGAGGGAGGGGGAAGGGGAGGACGGAGGGGAAAGGCGGAGGACGGAGGAGAACGGAAGGAGGACGAGCGGCGUCGAAGAGGACGGAGAAGGAGGGAGGAGGAUGAGGAGGAUGAGAACAAGAGGACAAAGAAUCACUUGCGGGUUUGCCAUGUGGUACGUGACAGGAGAAGAGGAGUUGGAAGGGUGGCACGCGAAAGGAGAGGAGGAAAAGGGCGGGAGGACGAAGGAGGAAGGGGGAGGACGGAGGGAGAUGCGGAGGAAGGAGGAGGAAGGCGGAGGAGGAAGGACGAGGGAGAAGAAUGAGAAAGACGAGAACAAUAUGAAAUGCAGAUCGCGUGUUGGUGUGGCACGUGGCACGCAACAAAAGGAGGGAGGAGGAGGAAGGAGGACGGGGAGGAAACGAGGAGAAAGGAGGAAUAGGAAGACGACGAGGGAGGAGGAUAACGUGGACGAGUUUGAGAUCACAAAAAAUAUUGCGGGUCGGUAUCGCACGUUGAACGUGACGGGAGGAGUGACGAGGAAGGAGGAAGGAGGAGGAGGAAGUUGAAGUUGGGGGAAGGCGGAGGAGGGAGGGAGGAGGACAAGGGAAGAUGAGGAAGGAAGAGGAGGCGGAGGGAGAAUGACGAGUGCGAGAACAAGAUAAAAAAUCGUGUGCCGGUGUACCACGUGGCAUGCGACGGAG